AUUUUGGCAUAUUCUUUUGUCAUUUCGAUGAAUGAAUAAAUUUUCGGUGAUUCUUUGGAGCGGAGAACGGAAUGAGUCAACCUUCGGUGAUUCUUGCCACAGCCGGAUACGAUCAUACGAUCAGGUUUUGGGAAGCGAAGAGUGGACGGUGUUACCGCACUCUUCAGUAUCCGGACUCGCAAGUAAAUCGGCUUGAAAUAACCCCUGAUAAGCAGUACCUGGCUGCAGCUGGAAAUCCUCACAUUCGUUUGUUUGAGGUUAACUCAAAUAGUCCACAACCGGUGAUAAGCUAUGAUUCACAUACCAAUAAUGUCAUGGCAGUGGGAUUUCAAUGUGAUGGCAAUUGGAUGUAUUCAGGUUCUGAAGAUGGCACAGUAAAGAUUUGGGAUUUGAGGGCUCCAGGUUGUCAAAGGGAGUAUGAAAGCCGUGCAGCUGUUAACACCGUUGUUCUACAUCCAAAUCAGACGGAACUAAUAUCCGGGGACCAAAAUGGAAAUAUUCGCGUAUGGGAUUUGACUGCAAAUUCAUGCAGCUGUGAGCUGGUUCCAGAGGUAGAUACAGCUGUGAGGUCUUUGACAGUAAUGUGGGAUGGGAGCUUAGUUGUUGCUGCAAAUAAUCACGGGACUUGUUACGUUUGGCGCUUAUUGCGAGGAACACAGACUAUGACCAACUUCGAACCACUGCAUAAACUACAAGCACACGAUGGUUACAUUCUAAAGUGUCUGCUUUCCCCAGAGUUCUGUGAACCUCACCGGUAUCUGGCUACUGCAUCAUCUGAUCACACCGUUAAGAUUUGGAACGUUGAUGGUUUCACUCUGGAGCGAACUUUGACAGGGCAUCAGCGCUGGGUAUGGGACUGCGUUUUCUCAGUAGAUGGUGCAUAUUUAAUUACAGCUUCUUCUGAUACGACUGCGAGGCUGUGGACAAUGGCGACGGGGGAAGCCAUCAGAGUGUACCAAGGGCAUCACAAAGCCACCGUUUGUUGUGCUCUCCAUGACGGUGCUGAGUCAUCUCCAUCAUGAUCCUGACUUGCAAUGAACUUUAAAGAUGUGUAUGGAAAUGUUCAAUGCUUCAUCUGAUAUUAACUGGAGACUGGAUGAUGGCAAUGGAGGAAGCCACUUCUCUUGUGCUCCCUGUAACAAUGCAGAAUCACCUCCAUCAUGAACUGGACUUUUGGUAUGCUUGUAUUACAUGUACAGAAACAUUCAAUCUCGCGCAUGUGUGUAUCAUCCCUGGCAUGAAUUUGUUCUGUCUUGGACUUGAGAACUAUGAACCAUCAGUCUUUUGAGAUGGCCUCUCUAAUCAUGCAAUCUGAUUUAUUGCUUAUUAGAGACUAUUUGAAGGGUUGGUCUCCUUUUACAACUUAAAGAGUUAUGCACUAAAAUGAUAUUCUGGAUUAAGCUUA